GCGGCGUCGGGCCCGCCCUGCUCCGUCCCGCCCGCCCAGCUGCCAGGUGAGCGGCGCCAGACCCCAUCGCCCACUAGGCCCGUGAGAGCCGCACCAGCCCCGCCGCCAGAGUCCUUAUGUUCACACAUGUCUCUGCUGAACUUGUAAAAGAGGCACUUGGAUGAUGGACUGAAAGGAACGUUGAGAGUCCGGGAAAAGUUUCAAAUCGGAGAGUUUUCAAUUUUCACCCUAGUCCGGCAGCUGUGCUGCUCACGUACAUACAGAUGAAUGAAGACCCCAUUCGGGAAGACACCUGGCCAGCGGUCCAGAGCGGAUGCAGGCCAUGCUGGUGUGUCUGCAAGCAUGAUGAAGAAAAGGACGUCCCACAAAAAACAUCGGAGCAGUGUGGGGCCGAGCAAACCCGUUUCCCAGCCCCGGAGGAACAUCGUAGGCUGCAGGAUUCAGCAUGGGUGGAAGGAGGGGAAUGGCCCUGUCACCCAGUGGAAAGGAACCGUUCUGGACCAGGUGCCUGUAAAUCCUUCUUUGUAUCUUAUAAAAUACGAUGGAUUUGACUGUGUUUAUGGACUAGAACUUAAUAAAGAUGAAAGAGUAUCUGCGCUCGAAGUCCUCCCCGAUAGAGUUGCGAGCUCUCGAAUCAGCGACGCGCACCUGGCCGACACGAUGAUCGGAAAGGCGGUGGAGCACAUGUUUGAGACAGAGGAUGGCUCCAAGGACGAGUGGAGGGGGAUGGUCUUGGCUCGCGCCCCUAUCAUGAACACGUGGUUCUACAUCACCUACGAGAAGGACCCCGUCUUGUACAUGUACCAGCUCUUAGAUGAUUAUAAAGAAGGCGACCUUCGCAUCAUGCCCGAUUCAAAUGAUUCUCCUCCAGCAGAAAGGGAACCAGGAGAAGUUGUGGACAGCCUGGUAGGCAAACAAGUGGAAUAUGCCAAAGAGGACGGCUCUAAAAGGACUGGCAUGGUCAUCCACCAAGUGGAGGCCAAACCGUCCGUCUACUUCAUCAAGUUUGAUGACGACUUCCAUAUCUACGUGUACGAUUUGGUGAAAACGUCCUAGAUGGCAUCAUGGACUUCGCCAAAUUUGUGGAACUAUUAAAUGUAUAAUUUGUAGACAUAAAGACUUGAUUGCUUUCCAGUUUAAUGAAAGCUUAAAUGUCCCUGCGAACCCACAAUCUCUGCCAGCAGAACUGGUUUUGUUCCGAAUAGUACAAAUUCAUGUGAACACAAAGCAUUUUGUGUAAGGAACUCCUUCCUCUUAAAAGAAGUCUGUCUGUCUGGAGGGGAGUUAACAGGCAAGUUUGGUACAAGUUAGGCUAGCCCCAUAGUCAUUUCAAACUGUAGUAGAUCUUCCCCACUUCCCCGCCACUGUUGCGCUCUCCGACUCUGCCGCCACAAUGCAAGCAUAGUUUGGUAUUUUUGUUAUUGCCUUUUUUGAGAUAUGUAUGUAUCUAUAUCUACCUAUCUAUAUCUGUGUGUGUACAUAUGUAAUAUAUACACACACAUAGAUCUGUGCGUGCGCGCGCACACAUACACUUAAUUGGCAGUCAUUUCUUUGUGGAUUGGGGCGGGGGGUAAAUAAUAUUCUCCAGUUUAACAGGAGUACUUGUCCGAAGUCAGUCAUACUUAGCAUAUUACUGCUGCUUAUUUAAAAUUAAAUGUGGGCACAGGAGACACAGGGAUGUUCAGCUUGUUUUCAAAGUCAGAAGUUCAGACACCUUUUCAGUCUGGAGGCUUUAAACUGUGAGUCCAAACAUGAAUCAUUGGUGAGCAGUUGCUGGACCCACAUUAGGAUUUAACAAAACAGGAAUCUGGGUAAAAAGCUGCCUUUAAUUCUAAGCUUUGUAAAUUUUUGUUUACAUUUUUUACUGUACUUUUUUUUUUUUUUUUAAAGCGAAGCCCAGGUACUUGGUCCACACAGUGUGAUGCGGGCGUAUUUUGGACGGCACAACUGGUCUGUUAUUUGUACGAGUCCGCAGUCUGCAUUCUAGUACAUGGAUUUGAGAGGCAGCAGUGCGUCAGUGGUUUGUGUGUAUGUGGUAAGUUCCUGGAAGAACCUAGUGGUUUCGUAUUAGAAGUUCAAGUUGAAGAAUGGCAUUGCUGCCUUCCAACAAGUUCUCUGGGACACUUUUUUUUAUUACCGUUCUUACUGAUACGUGAUUGUGGUCAGAAGGCUUUCCCCCCCCGGCUUUUCCCCACAAAGAACAUCUAGACAGAUGACAGCUUCGGUCCCCUGACACCUUCUGUGGUGCUGUUACGGUCUUGCCCCCGGUGUGCUGUGGAUGUGGACGCUUCCCGUCCUGUGGGCCCUACCACGUCGGGGUCCGUCACCGCACCAGCUUCCGUGGCUUAUUCCCGCAAGGUUGUUUUAACCGAAGUAGAACUGCAGAAGUGGGGGUAGUGGCGGCAUGGCCAUCUGUCGCCUUGUGUCGGAUGAGCCCUGAUGGUUUGGCAGCUAGGAGAGAGGCAGUACGUGACACCAGUCUCCUGCGGAGGUUGGAAACCUUCCCUGCAUUUUGGGCAGAAGGUUGAGCGCAUGUGUUGUCAGUCCAGUACGAGAAGGCCACGUGGCCUCAGCGUUGGAGAUCCUGUACCUCAAGGCCUCCCCACGUGUGGUUCGCGUGGCCCCCCGCUUUUGCCUUCGGGAAGUCCGCGUGCUGUCGCGCUGUUGGAUGGUAGCCCUGCGCCCCAUUCUGGUGCAGCGCCCGGUGUCCGCGGUGUGUGGCGUGCCGCGCCUCACCUCACCUCGGGCGGCGGCCGAGUGCCUGGUCUCAGACGCUCCUCCUGCUCGGACAGGUGUCCUGCUGCACGUCUGUCACCUCUUUUCCUGGUGGCUCUUCUAAGAGUCCCUGCAUGGGAAUCUCAAGGCUGAGCCCGGCUCCCCGAGUGCCAGCGGACAAGCGUGCCCGGAGGGUGGGUGCGGCCGGCGUGUGCGCGGCGUGAGCGCGGCACAGAGGCGUUGGCUGCAGAACCGGUGUCCCCUGGCAGCAUCCGGCGGCGCGGGUCCGUGGAGGCGUCUCCGGCAUCACUUACUGACUUGCUUUGUGGUCUUUCUGCAAGUACCCUUAGCACCUUCAGUACCACACGGUCUGCCGCUCUCCAGACGAAUGUGACACGUGAUUGGCGUCCUCAUUUUAGUCAGCGUUCCAUGUAUUGCCGUUAGGGCGGAAGGAAGGGGAAGGGGUUUUUUGUUGUUUUCUUUUAUUUGCCCCAUUCUCUUUUCUUUCGGCGGCUUAACUCCCGCUUCUGUGGUGACUGAUCCCACUCCUUUGCCCGGGAUUUCAGGCUUCGUUUUAGGCUCACGUUUCCGAUCUGCAUGCAUUGCUUGCCUUUUCCUGGUAUUGGGAUGUUGGUUCCUUGUUCUGGGAGCCCAACAUUAGUUUCCAAAAUUAUCACGGGACUUGUGACCGCACAAGACCUGAACCUGUAUAAAAUGUCCUGGCCUUCCUCACUGACCUGCUGUAGUGUUCUUGUGUCGUGUGCGUGUGACGUCCGGCUGCCACGUGAAGCUUCAGAGGAGAACCUUAAGCGCAGACCAUCCUUUUUUGCAUGCUCUAUUCUAAGUAGGAUGUUCAAUGUAACUAACUGAACUUGCAUGUGAGAGAUAUUUAGGUUUUUUGUUUUCUAUCUUUGUUUUUGUUUUCAGCUGUCUGUAUAUUUGCUUCCUGUGCUGUUGUAGUGGUCGUAGGAUACAGAUGCACUGGCGAAGCAGUGUAGUGCCAGCAGAAGGUGAUUUUCCAGCCCUGUCUGUCGUGCAGCAUUUGAAGGGACUGUGCAUUCUUGAAACUCUCACAGUUACUUCUAAGCCAGAGUUCAUUCCUAUUAUUGUUUUACGUGCCAAACCCCGAAGUGCAUUGGGCUUGAAUCUCUGAACGCUGUGGACCCAUUAGAAGACUGUUCUGAUUGUCACAAAUUGUAGUGCCUGAAAACAUUCUUAAGCUGAUUGUCUUAAAAAAAAAAAAAAAAAAAGAAAAAAAAAAAGAAAGUUCUCCAAAGACAAAACAGGAACAAUUAUUAUAACAGAAAAUAAUUAUGGUUGAAAUGUCUGUGGUUCCUUGGAAAUGCUGCGCUUUUUGUAUUUUCCACCGUUAGUGCAGUUUGAACGAAUGUGUAUAGUUCAGAGGUCUUCGUGUUCGCAUUUUAAAAUUAGGUAAAUGACCUCAUCUUUCAAGCUUGAAUUCAUUUUUAAUUUUAAUUUUAUUUUAUACAAUGUGUAGACAGUUCCCUGUUCUCUGCAUUUAGAAGUAUAAACAAUAUAAAUCUGUUAAUUCUGUAAGUAAUUUUUAUAAUUAUGAUGUAACUCUAUCCUAUCCUUAAAACAUUUAAAAUAAACCCUUUAUGUGCAACUUCUGACUGUAAAUUUUGUGCUAAUAAGCAAAAUGUGAUGUGUUAAACCUGCUUCUGAAAAAGUUUUUAAAGUUUUACUUUAAGAUCCUUUCACCACGUGUAAAUGUCAGAUAUAUGCAGAGACCGAAAGAAGUCCGACUUUUACUUGAAUGGUAACACUCAGUAAUUCCCGAGGGGAGAGGGGCAGUGAUCAAUAUCCCAGAUACAUUCACUAGUCCAAAAUAUUCAGUUUGUGAUUCGCCGCUAAUGAGAAAAUUUAUCAUAAAAUUUUAAACUGAAUUGUUUUAAAUAGAAUUAAAUAAUAUGUAUUUUA